AUGGAGAAAAUAGUGCGGGCGUAUUCCAAAGUCGUCGACAGUCUCAAUCGGAACACACACCCAAAGAACCCGUACCCAUCAGGCGAAGCCAUUAUGACGCUCAUCGCUACUGGGCCUGCACUUUAUGGCAAAGAGGCUUUGCAAGAAGAUGUGCCUUUAAGCGAGGGCAGUCGGCUGCUGUUGGAGCGUCUAGACGAAUCUGAUGCGCCUCUAUGGGUCUUAUGCUGGGGCGGUACGAAUGUUUUAGCGCAGGCCCUCAAACAUGCUGAGCGAGAACGCUCCGUGGGCGACCUCCAGAAAUUACGGUCCAAGAUCAGAGUCUAUGCAAUUUCAGAUCAGGACGACACGGGCAUGUGGAUCAGGAACCACUACCCUGACAUCUUCUUUAUUUCUUCCGUGCACGGUUGGAACCAGUACGGCCUUGCCGCCUGGACGGGUAUCUCUGGUGAUAAAUACUACAAGUUUGAUCAAGGAGGACCAGAUUUUUCCAAGGUGUCGAAGGAAUGGAUCAAAGAGAACAUACAGAUCGGAGAUCUGGGCGCAGCGUAUCCUGAUUAUAUGUUCAUUCCUGAGGGUGACACCCCUACGUUCCUGUACCUCAUUCAGAAUGGCUUAGGGAGCUCUGAGCACCCGGAAUGGGGCAGCUGGGGUGGUCGGUACCAGAGUACUGACGUGGCCGAGUCUCCUGCAGGAAGGCAUUACACUGAUACAGUCGAUACUGUGGUGGGCAAGAAUGGUCAACAGUACAUCAGCAAUCACGCAACUAUCUGGCGCUGGCGAGAUGCCUUCCAGAACGAUUUUGCCGCCCGGAUGCAAUGGACCCUUGGAAAGAAACCGUCUGAGUGUAACCAUGCUCCCGUGGUGAUAGUCAACGACAGUGAUGCGGGCCCGGGACACCUCUACGUCGAGGCCGAAGCAGGUGCAACGAUUUCGCUGGAUGCCAGCCGAAGCUACGACCCUGAUGGUGACAAGAUCUCGUUCGAAUGGUUUCAAUACAGCGAGGUCAGUGCUACACAAUGGUCAGUGAAAUCUGAGGUGGAGACUUGCGAGAUCCGGAGCGAGGGCACGGAACCUGGUCGCGUGGUCUCCAUUCGAUUGCCCUCCCCGGAAAAGUGUGCGGUCGAUUUGUUUACAGGAGAAGCGAGGCAGAAAGGUCAGGUAAUGCAUUUCGUUCUGAUGGUGAAAGAUAAUGGCGUGCCGGCGCUCACUACAUACAAGCGUGUAGUAGUGCAAGUUACGAACAAGGAGCUUCGCGGCGGACGAGCCCAAGCAGUGCAUUCGAUAGCGGAGGCUCAGAUGUUCAAGCAAUGA